UUUACCUUAAAUCGUUGUUUUAAUUGAUAGUUAGGCGUCUUUUAUCUAGUGUUCAUGCUUGUAUAUAAUAAAUAUUGAUAUUAUUAUUUUUAACAUCUGUCGCUUAUCUAUUGACCGCUGAUAUAGAUAGUAAAAUAUAGUUUGUAACCGGCAAAGGAAAUCGAACCUGUGCCUAAUGUUUCACCUAACCAACUAUUAUUCAUCUUAAAAUACAGUCUCUUAAUUUUUUAAGAUAAAUUUUAAAAUUCAAACUUAUUUUAAUUCGUAUUGAAAGUUUAUAAUUGUAUUAAGUGUUAAACAUUUUAAUAACAAUUUAAGUGGAUUCAAUUAUUAUAUUAAAAAUGUGUAAUUAUUGAUCAUUAUCAAUGAAUAACUUGUUGAAUAAUAAAUUUUUACGUUUUGGCGUACCAUUUGCAUUGUUAGUCGUCGGAGGAUCAUUUGUACUGAAAGAAUUUUCUCAAAUUCGUUAUGAUCAUCGAAAAACUAAGUUUAUUAGUCCAGAUGAAUUAAAGAAACAAGGUAUUGAAAUGAAACCACGAGGGAGUAUUACAAUAGAAACUGAGUAUAAGAAGCUUAUUGAACAAGUUAACUUAGAUGACUAUCAAAAUAAGAGAAUUCAAAGACCACCAGGAUAUGAAGAUUGAAUAUUUAUGUAUAUAUAUUUUUUUUAGUUAAAUAUAGUAAGAUGUUAUUUUAUUUCAAUAAAUAA